GGUCCCCGUGGAGCGGGCAGGUGGGUGCAGGGGCUGGGGGGGGUCUCUCAGGGCAGGAGGGCAGCGCAGACCCCCCCCCCCCAGGGGGUACCCCGACGAGGAGGGCCCCAAGCACUGGUCCCCCUCUCGCUACGAGCACGUGAUGAAACUGCGUCAAGCGGCGCUGGAGUCCGCCCGCGCCAACUGGGCCGACUACCUGCUGUUCCUGGAUGCCGACAACGUCCUGAUCAACCCCGACACCCUGGGGCUGCUGAUGGCGGAGAACAAGACGGUGGUGGCUCCCAUGUUGGACUCGCGCGCUGCCUACUCCAACUUCUGGUGCGGGAUGACGGCACAGGGUUACUACAGGCGGACGCCAGCCUACCUGCCGAUCCGAAAGCGGGAGCGCCGGGGCUGCUUCGCGGUGCCCAUGGUGCACUCCACCUUCCUGGUGGACCUGCGGAAGGAAGCCUCGCGGGCGCUCGCCUUCUACCCACCCCACCCCGACUACACCUGGGCCUUCGACGACAUCAUUGUCUUUGCUUUCUCCUGCCGGCAGGCGGAAGUCCAGAUGUUCGUCUGUAACCGGGAGGUGUACGGGUUCCUGCCGGUGCCGCUGCGGUCGCACAGCACCUUGCGGGACGAGGCGGAGAGCUUCCUGCACGUCCAGCUGGAGAUCAUGGUGAAGCACCCGCCGGCGGAGCCGUCCCCGCAUGUCUGGGUCCCCCCCAAGGUCCCCGACAAGAUGGGCUUCGAUGAGGUUUUCAUGAUUAACCUGCAGCGGCGGGCAGACCGCCGGGAGCGGAUGCUGCGGACGCUCUACGAGCAGGAGAUCGCCUGCAAGCUGGUGGAGGCGGUGGACGGCAAAGCCAUGAACAGCUCCGAGGUGGAAGCGCUGGGCAUUCGGAUGCUGCCGGGGUACAAGGACCCCUACCACGGGCGGCCGCUCACCAAGGGGGAGCUGGGCUGCUUCCUCAGCCACUACCGCGUCUGGCAGGAGAUUGUGGCGAGGGGGCUGGAGAAGUCAGUGGUGUUCGAGGACGACCUGCGCUUCGAGAUCUUCUUCAAGCGACGCCUGAUGAACCUGAUGCAUGACCUGGAGGCGGCCGGGCUGACCUGGGACCUCAUUUACAUCGGAAGGAAGCGGAUGCAGGUGGAACGUCCGGAGAAAUCGGUGCCACGGGUGAGGAACCUGGUGGAAGCGGAUUAUUCCUACUGGACUUUGGGUUACGUCCUUUCGCUGCAGGGCGCUCGCAAGCUGCUGGCGGCCGAGCCGCUGGGCAAGAUGUUGCCCGUCGACGAGUUCCUGCCCGUCAUGUUCGACAAACACCCGCUCGUCGACUACACCAAACAUUUUACCAAGCGGGAUUUGGUGGCGUUUUCGGCGGAGCCGCUGCUGGUGUUUCCCACCCACUACACAGGGGAGGAGGGUUACGUCAGCGACACCGAGACCUCAGUGGUGUGGGACGACGAGGCCACCCUCACCGACUGGGACCGCGCCAAGUCCCAGAAGAUGAAGGAGCAGCAGGAGCUGCGGCGGGAGGCCCAGAAUUCCGACGUGCUCCAGUCCCCGCUCGACAGCGCAGCGCGGGAUGAGCUAUGA